UGAACUUGGAAUAUGGUAGAUAGAAGGUCUCCUCUUCAAAAUCACAUAAAAUCAUAAAACCAGUCAUGGAGAUCGAAAAUUUCCAUUGAAGGAUUCUAAGCCAGUAUUUUAGGUGGUUCAUUUAUGUUGGAGGAAGAACCUGGCUAUUUGUCUAUAGAAAAGCUAUUUGUAUGAAGAUAAGCUCGUUCAUAAAUUAGAAAAGCAAGAUGCAGCAUUUCCCUAUGCAAAUUUGGUAUCCAAAGAGAGGGAACCUUCGACUUUUGCCCUGUAGUACUCAUUCAAGGAUCAGUAUCUCACAAACUCUAUGCUGCAGAGGGGUUUGCUUAUUGUCCCAAAGCAUGUGCAGUUAUCAGAUCUCCAAGGAAGAUCCAUGCUUGAACUGUUGUUUGAUUCAAUCUAGAUGGGUUGGAAAGUUGCAUUGAGCUCCUGAAUGCAGACAUCGGUCUAUAUUGAUAAUAAAUUUGUUGUUCUUCUCUCGCUAGUUUGAACUUCAAAUUUUGGAAGAUCUAAGGACUUGCAGCAGGCAUUUAAGAAGAUCAUGGAGAAGAAAGGAUGCUGUUUACAAUGCAGCAGUGGUCACCGGGAUAUGCCCACUUUACUGAUUUCAUGCAUGAGGAGCAUUUGAGCCUGCUAUUCACCUGCUCCAAGGACUGUAACUGUUAAAGAGGGUGACCCUCAUGAGCUUGCUGUAGCCAACAGUGCAGUUAUGAGAAUUAAGAGCGCCAUUGCCAUGGCCUCAGAGAAGGGAAUUUGGCCUGUCAAAUGAGAUGCUGCAGACUAGCCCUAUGGGUGUGCAUCCUAAAUGUGAUUCUGGGUGGCAGACUCUGUACUGAGCCAAUGUAGAGAACAGCUACUGCUUGAUGGAGUGCACUUAUUGCCUGACUUGGUCAAUGUGGGAAGAGCUUCAAUUUGAAGUUUCCCUGGCAUGCUGCUUGUUACCAUGCCUGCACGACGACAGUAGAUUCUCCAGCUGAUUGAACUUUUGGUCAACUGAUCUGCAGAGAUGCAAUCUUGUCUGGUGUUUUGAUUUCUGGUUGUGGCCACCGAAAAGGUUCAGUGAAUCUUGGUUCAAGCCUGAAACUAGCAGAGAGCAGACUAAGCAAAGAUUUGGCAUCUCCGAAGGACAAUGAUGACUUGAGUAGGGGCUGUCGUUCCUCUGUCAUGGUCUCCCAAAUGAAGUAUUAUGAGAACAUUUGAGGUGAUCAAGCAGACCAUUACUGUACACUUGAGAAUGUGCGCUGCUGUUCUCGGAGACAACAUCCUUCGUCUCAUGUAUAAUCUAAUAGAAGGAGACCCAUGGUUAGUGGAGUCACCAUAUCUACCAUCUCUAUCUCUCUCCCCUCCUUUUCCUCAUGGAAACCGAAACAAUAUGAUGAUGCAGUCUCGAUUGCUCCUCGCCGUGACACAAAUGGCAUGAAUAUUUUCCGGUGCCUAUUCCACCAUUUUGCCAGCCAUAUGUGGAAAGCAGCCAAAAGCUGCAUCAACAAAUACAAGGAACCAAUAGAUUGGUCUCUAAUGCAAUGCUUAAUGCCACCUUUCAGAUACUUGCUCUCGAGGGCUAUAAUUAUUCACCGUAUCUUCCCUUUCUCCGUCGUUUCUGCGUUGAUUUCGGUGUUUCUUUUCUUUUUGCUGUUCUGCACCGCUAAUCUCGCAGUGCAGAAGGAAUCGUAGAGAUUUGUAGCAAAGAUCUCAUCUUUUUCUAUUUUUAGAGGUGCGUACAGCGCUGUCGGAUCUCCGGGCCACCCAAUUUUGCUUCGCCUGGUGGUGUGGGGUGAUCUCUUUCAUUCUCAUAUCCGCAGGGCUCCCUUGCCCUCCCCAAUUCAUCCCCCAUUUUUCUCGAUCCCAGGCCGUCCCGGGUCACCGGAGGCCCGGUCGAUGCGUUAGCCGCCAGCAGCAACAAUGGGCUGCGCCGCAUCGAAUGAGGCCGUCUCGGUGACACCGGCCGUCGACUCCGCCGGCAUCCUAAGGGACCAACGGGCGUCUUCGCGGAAGCACCGGAGCGGACGGAGUUCCAGGCGAGGAUAUUGCGGGAGCAAGGAGGAGGAGGACCGCAUUGAAUUGGAGGAACAUGGGAAGGCAAGCGAGGACUGUGCCAGGUUGCAGAAGUUUCGGUUAGGCAAUCUUCACAGUUACAUCGAAGGCGAGCAGGUCGCUGCCGGAUGGCCCUCUUGGCUCAGUGCCGUCGCUGGGGAAGCUAUUCAAGGUUGGGUGCCUCUUAAAGCCGACUCCUUUGAGAAAUUGGAGAAGAUUGGACAAGGUACCUAUAGCACUGUAUUUAGAGCACGUGAUCUCGACACAGGGAAGAUUGUCGCAUUGAAGAAGGUGCGCUUUGACAAUUCUGAUCCGGAGAGUAUCAGGUUUAUGGCAAGAGAAAUAAAGAUACUGCGCAUGCUUGACCAUCCAAAUAUCAUGAAGUUGGAAGGGUUGAUAACCUCUCGGUUAUCGUGCAGUCUAUACCUUGUAUUUGAGUAUAUGGAACAUGAUCUUGCAGGACUUUCUUCCUGUCCUGACAUCAACUUUAGUGAAUCACAGGUCAAGUGCUACAUGCGACAGUUGCUAUCUGGACUCGAACAUUGCCACUUACAUAAUAUCAUUCAUCGUGACAUAAAGGGAGCAAAUCUUCUAGUCAAUAAUGAGGGGGUCCUGAAAAUGGCUGAUUUUGGUCUUGCAAAUUUUUACAGUCCUGGGCACAAGCAACCACUAACUAGCCGUGUUGUGACUCUAUGGUACCGGCCGCCUGAACUUCUGUUGGGUUCAACUGACUACGAAGCAACUGUAGAUUUGUGGAGUGUUGGUUGUGUAUUUGCAGAAAUGUUUGUUGGAAGGCCUAUCUUGCAAGGAAGAACUGAGGUUGAACAAUUACAUAAAAUCUUCAGGCUUUGUGGUUCCCCUCCGGAUGAGUACUGGAAGAAGUCCAAGUUGCCCCAUGCUACAAUCUUCAAACCUCAUAAUCGCUAUAAGAGUAGUUUCCAGGAGUCAUUCAAAAAUUUACCAGCAAGUACCUUUAGCUUGUUAGAAAAAUUUCUGUCUAUUGAGCCUUAUAAGCGUGGUACUACCUCAAGUGCUCUUGCAUCUGAAUAUUUCAGAACGAAACCUUAUGCCUGUGAAUCCUCAGAUUUGCCAAAAUACCCACCCACCAAAGAGAUUGACACAAAGAAUUAUGAUGAGCUGCACAGGAGAAAAGUUGCCGGUAGAGGGCAUGGAUCAGAAGCCAUAGUGAGACCAUUGAGAUCAAAUAAAACUUCACAGGAACCAGGAGGGCUCAGUAAAAUAGCAGAUAGCAAAGAGGAGUCUUGGAUCAAUGUUACUGGAAUUGAUAGAAAUAAUGUAAAGAAAGAUCAUCUGAGAGUAGAUGGUGAAACUAGACUAUUUGUAGAUCUCCAGCCGAUUCCAUCAAUCACCCAUCCAGAUGAUGGACAUAACAUUAAGUGCAACUCCCAAGAAGAUCAUGCAGAUGGUAGAUCUUGUGGUACAAGUAACUCAAAAACUCGUCUCUCUUUUGCAAGAGAUCCAUCCAUUAUUGAAAAUGUUAAAAAUAAGCUUUACUUUGAGGGACAAGUAAAUGGGAGUACACACAACGUGCAUGCUGGUUCCAAAGGCCAUGGAUCAAUUGAGUUGGCCAAGCAUGCAAUUGUGAAAAAUUGGACACGUUUAGAACAUCCACAAUCAUUCGACUCUUCUGAUAUAUACUACUCUCAGGAGUUAUCAAAAGACCUUUACAAGGGUUUCCAUGAUCAAGACAGAGUUGAGUUCUCAGGGCCUUUGCUAUCUCAAACCCACAAGGUUGAUGAACUUCUGCAGCAGCACGAGCGUCAUAUUCGCCAAGCAGUUAGGAGAUCAUGGAUCCAACGAGUGACAGGGAGAAAGCAGGGAAAAUAGAAUUUCAGGGCUGCUUUUUUAUAUUAGAGUAGAAGCCUAUGAAAUCAAAACAAACACCCUGGAUUGAGAAAAUUAUCUGACCAACAUCUUUCCACACAUGAAAGGAACUACAUCAAGUUGAUCCCAGCAAUUAUAUGCUAUAUGAUGGAUAAGUGCCACAGCAAUCUCCAUGCAAGCAGCUAGUGAGAAGAGACUAGCGUCUCAUAAAAAUGUCGUUACUACCAAUCUACACUACCUGCUUGUAAGUAAACUGAUUCAAUAUCUGAUUCAGCUGACUGGUUUGCUGGUAUCGCUGAAGCUCUACUGGUUGAGAGGUGAUGAAAGAGAUCAAAUUUCUUGGAUGUUUAGUCUGGUUAUGGAGGCCAAGUUUCUUUAUAGAUCAAUGUAGAGAGCCAUAAUACCUUUUUCGGCAUCAGCAGCGUUGAAUUGAUCAAUGAGCAUUUUAUGAUGUAAAAGCUAUGUGUAUACUGGCAAUUCAAUUGUAAAUGAAGCUUUAUUUGUUCUAUAAUAUUCUGUGUCAAA